AGACUGAGGCUACUGAAGAGCUCCGAGGUCGCCUAGAAAAACUGCAAACAAUGUACGGUUGUGGUAUCAAAGCCUUAGAUGAUUUGGCAGGGGAACUUGAUGGUAACUCGGGGUCAACUUUUUGUCGCCUGAAUUCAGAAGUUUCUAAACAUUCCUCUGCUUUAGAAGAGCUCUUCAAGGAAAUUGGUUCCGAGGCUGCUGUGUUACUUCAUGAUCUUCAAAAUAGUCUGCACAGUCAAAAGACUAAAUUAACUGCAUAUGCUCAACAGCAACGAGAGGCAUAUACCAGAGCAAUUGCAACUACGAGAUCAAUUUCCCAAAUUACUGUCAAUUUUUUCAAGACUUUAGAUAUGCAUGCCUCAAAAUUAGGGGAAAUUGUGGAAGAAGCACAGACAACUAAUGAUCAGAAAUUAUCUGAACUUGAAAAGAAAUUUGAGGAGUGUUCUGCCCACGAAGAAAGUCAACUCCUACAAAAAGUAGUAGAGCUGCUCGCUGCUUCAAAUUCUAGGAAGAAAAAAUUGGUUCAAAGUGCAAUUGUUGGACUUCGAGAAAAUGCAGCCAGUAGAACUAACAAACUACAACAAGAGGUGUCUGUCAUGCAAGACACUACUUGUUCUAUCAAAGGUGAAUGGACAACAUACAUGGAGAAGGCUGAAUCCCAUUAUCUCGAGGAUACAGCUUCAUUAGCAAGUGAGAAAGAAGAUAUGAAACGCAUUCUUCAGAGUUGCAUGGAAAAAGCAAAAUUGGGUGCAGAACAGUGGAUCAAUGCUCAAGAAUCCUUGCUUAGCUUAGAGAAGAGAAAUGUUGCUUCUGUGGAUGAGAUUGUCAGAGGAGGAAUGGACACCAUUCAAGUCUUGCGCAGACGAUUUUCUUCUGCUGUGUCAACUGCUUUUGAAAAUGCAGACACUGGAGGCAAGAAUCUCCUCUCGUCCAUUGACCGUUCACUACAACUUGACCAUGAGGCAUGUAGCAAUCUUAAUUCCAUGAUUGUUCCUUGUUGUGGAGACAUGAGAGAACUAAAGAGUGGACACUACCAGAAAAUUGUGGAAAUCACAGAAAAUUCAGGAAAAUGUCUUCUAGAAGAAUACAUGGUAAGAAAUCCGAUCAACAUGAUUUCUUUUGUUUUUUUAUCUUCCACACAAAAAAUAUUACAAUAGCAUUUUUUUAACAUA